AUGACCAUUUCCUAUACUGGAGAUAUUUGUUCUACUCGUUAUUGGAGUUUUUUACGAGUUAUAUUCCGUUGGAGAGGGUCUAUAUGGAAGUCUGUAUUGACCGAAUUAUUUAUCUGGUUGACUCUUUAUUAUUUAAUUAUGGCCAUUUAUGUUACUUUACUUGAUGAAAAAAGCAAAAACAAUUUUGCUCAUCUAGCACAAUAUACAGGAAUUACUGCAGAUUACAUCCCCCUAACUUUUAUGCUUGGAUUUUUUGUAAAAAUUGUUGUUGAAAGGUGGAAUAAUAUGUUUGCGAACAUUGGUUUUGUGGAUAGUGUUGCCCACGCAGUUUGUUCUGUUGUGAGAGGCAAUGAUUUAAAAACAAUAAAAACAAGGCGGAAUAUUAUGCGUUAUUUGUGCCUUAUGCAGGUUUUGGUACUUAGAGAUAUAAGUGUGAGAGUGAGGAAACGUUUUCCUACUAUGCAAACAUUAAUUAGUGCUGGUUUACUUAAAAAACAUGAACAAAACUUAAUUGAAGAAAUCGGCUAUCAAUAUAAUGAACAAUUUGGUAUUUAUUGGUUACCUUAUAAUUGGAUCUGUCAACUUUGUUAUCGUCUGCGGGAAAAUGGAAAUAUUGCAUCUGAUCCUCUUUUGUCUUUUGUUCUUCGAGAAUUGAGAGAAUAUAGGGAAAGAUUGCAGACUCUUAUUAAUUUUGAUUUAGUCCCAAUUCCGCUAGCUUAUCCUCAAGUAGUUUUUAUUGCAGUGCGCACUUAUUUUUUAAUUUGCCUGUUCUCCAGACAGAAAAUUGGAACAACUACAGACAAUGGAGAAAUGUUUUUCCCAGUGAUGACUGUUUUACAGUUUAUAUUUUAUAUGGGUUGGACAAAAGUUGCUGAGGCGCUUCUCAACCCUCUGGGCGAGGAUGAUGACGAUUUUGAAACUUUGUUUGUAAUAGAGAGAAACAUUGUUAUUUCUUCCCUUCUUGCUGACAAAUGUUUUAAUCAAAUACCCGAACAAAGUUUGGAAGAAAUCGAGGAAAACAAUGUUCAUAAAAACCCUUCAUUAAUUAAUAAAAAUAUUAAUGAAAACAACAAUGUUUUGAUUGGUUCUGCUGUUCGGGUUAUGAUGACUAGUGAGAGGCGGGCGUUUAAUAAAUGGAUGGAAAGUUGGAAAUUGUUUCCAAGGAGGCGUAGACAGGAGACUAAAAUAGAGGAAAGAGUGUGUGAGGAAACAAUGCCGCUUGACUUGGAAAAAUAAAAAAUUUUUUGUCAAA